CCUUAUUUUUUUUUUCUUUGUGUCUAAAAUUCCAAGGCGAAGGACAUGAGAAUAAUGUCUCUAAACUCAAAAUAAUUGAGUCUGAAAGGAAGGUAGUGAAUGGAAGACAGUGUUUAGUUAUUUAAAGACCACUUGGUUUUGAACUAAAAGUUAACUAUGAAGAUUUGGACCUCGGAACACACAUUUAACCAUCCUUGGGAGACGGUUGCACAGGCAGCAUGGCGUAAAUAUCCGAACCCUAUGAAUCCAGCUGUUGUAGGAAUAGAUGUGGUGGAAAGAAAUGUUGUGAAUGGUGUAUUACAUACCCACAGACUUGUCAGUUCUAAAUGGUUUUUUCCUAGAUGGGCACAGGCUCUAAUCGGAACUGCAAAAAUAUGCUAUGCAAGUGAAAAGUCUGAGGUUAAUCCAAAUCAAAGACAAAUGGUAUUAAAGACCACUAACUUGACUUUCUGCCACUACAUAGCUGUGGAUGAAACUGUUCGAUACACACCCCAUCCCUCAGAUGCUUCAAAAACACUCUUGACCCAAGAAGCUGUUGUCACUGUGCAAGGUGUGCCUCUUAGCAGUUACAUGGAAGAUUUGCUUGCCAAUAGAAUAUCAUUAAAUGCAGGAAAAGGUCGUCAAGCUAUUGAAUGGGUUAUUGGCAAAUUUGACAAUGAAAUUAAAGAACUAGCUACAUCUGCAUGUAAAAGUACUGAUGAACUUCUCUCUCAGACAAAAAAGUCGAUUGAUGAUAUUACUACUACUGCAAGAAGAUCAAUGGAUGAUAUAUCUUCAAAAGCCAAGAAAUCCUUGGAUGACAUAGAGAAAUUAACUAAGACAAAUGCAAAUCAACGUAGCUGAAAAGAGGAGUGACUUGAUUUAAUAUGGGCUAAGUCAGUUUGCUGUAGCAAAUAUGGAUCUUUUCCAAAACUACCAACAAGCCCAUUUAGACAAUUAUAUUAAACUAAUCAUUCAA